AUGAGCUCAAUCCAGAUUCCCAUCGACGCGAUUACCUCGCGAUUCGGAGAUCGGUUCAACAGUCUUCGCUCCCAAUCACUGGGAUCACGGUUUGCCAAUCUUCGUCCAAUUUCUGAGUUUCUAGACUUCAAGCGACUUUCAAAGCCUGCCAAUUUUGGCGAAGCCCAAAGCCGGGUCAACUACAAUCUGUCCUACUUCUCGAGCAACUAUGCCGCCAUCUUUGUGUUGCUCAGUAUCUACAGCCUCUUGACCAACCCGCUGCUACUUUUUGUCAUCUUCCUGGUCAGUGGUGGCCUUUGGGGCAUUGGAAAACUUGGCGGCCGUGAUCUCGACCUAGGAUUUGCCCGAUUUAAUACCUCUCAACUCUACACUGGACUGCUAAUUGUCGCGGUGCCCCUGGGUUUCUGGGCUUCUCCCAUUGCCACGUUUCUCUGGCUCAUUGGAGCUACUGGUGUGACUGUAUUCGGUCAUGCCGCGUUUAUGGAUAAGCCUAUUGAGAAUGCUUUUUCCGAGGAGGCGGUCUAGGUG